GUUCAUGUUUCACAGUAUUUUUCUAUUUAUUGUCAAUUUCUUGUUAAUCUGCUGUCUAAAGUCUGCAGCAGCAGCUGCCCACUGCUGGAGUGCUGGUUUGUGCAGGAGAAGGUGGGACGAGGAGGAGGUUUGACCGGAGCCACAACCCAGGAAAAGUCCCUGAUUCACAUUGGAACCAGCCCAAACAGCCACAGCACAGAGUCCCAGCGGGCUCCAGCCGACAUCAGCCCUGAUAAAGUCUACUUUAUUACUGACCCAGCUGCCACUCUCUGCCACCACUCUCUCAACCCUCCCAGAGGCUCCAUCAAAAAGCCCCAGUGUGAGAUCAACCCCUUCCUGCCACAGCCCUCCACCCUCAAAUGGGUCGCCCCGCUCACAGACUCCGCCUUGAGUCCCAUAUACCUGCAAGCUGACUGGUUUUCCACCGCGCUGCAGGGGCUCGACCAACAGCUAGGCAUCUCCAGUAUCACUCGUGCUCCCUCAGGAACCAAAGAGCACAGAGUCAUCCUCAGUGUGACCAGUAAGACCAUCUCGGUGCAGGCCAGACUCAGGAAACCAGUGAUGCUGGACUGCAGCUUCUGGGCCGACCCUUCGUCACCUCUAUCCGGGUCUGGUUUCGCCGUCGAGUGGCGCUACCAGUUCAGAGGUGAUGGACGACUUGUCCUGGCUUACGAUGGCAAGACGGACCGCUUGGCUGACACGCAGGAAGAGGGGGCCACACUGGACAUUGAGGGUUUGCUCAAGAAAGGAAAUGCAUCCCUGAUCCUGCAGGAGGCUAAAGUGCGUCACUCUGGGACCUACAUCUGUACAGUGUACCUGCCAUACCUCCUGGCUCAGGUGGCAAUGGAGCUUGGAUAGUUAGUUAUACCUCCAUCUCUCUCCAUCCACCCGUCCCCUCUGCCCCUCACUGUUCCCGGCCAGACUUUGACCGUCCGGUGUGAAGCGUCUGGCUUUGCCCCCCUCUCUUUGGAGCUGAGCUGGGAGUUUAAAGGUGCCAAUGGGAAGUCCAGGCCCCUGGGAUCAGGGAGUGUGACGGGCCACAGGCAGGCCUGGGACGGCACCUUCAGCCAGAGCAGCCGGCUGGAGCUCGACACAUCCAAGCUGGACCUUGACAGAGGAGGGGAAGUCAUCUGUGUGGCUGUCCACCCUGGAGGCACAAGACGGGCUAGCGUCGCUCUGAAUGUCAUCGGGUUCAGCACUCCCUCCAUUGAGGACUCCAUGGCGAUGGUUGGUGUGGCGCUCGUGCUCUACGGUCUCAUCAAGUUUGUCUCCUGGACCUUUACCAGCUCAGGUUCAGAUGAGGCUGAUCAACAAGAUAAGAAAGAGAAAUAAAGAAGGAAUCAACAGAUGUGGAAGUGAAUCACUGAAACCAUCAAACCUGUGGCUUUUAAUUCUUGCUUGGGUUUUAGGAGUGAAUGUUUCAUCAUCACUGUUUUACAACUACAACACUGAUAAAUCUGCAGCAACUUUUAUUUUUAGAGUUUUUUUCUAUAGAUGCAGUGGAACACAUGGUUGAGCUCAUAUUCAUUCAAUUUAAAUAGGUAUUUUCACUGUUUUGCUUAAAUAGUACUAAUAGGUAGCGAGAGAGCGUCAGGGAGGAUUGUCUUCCAACUGAAAAGAGGUUCUGCUCAGCCCAAACAACCUAUUGUAAUGUUUCUUUAAUCUUCUACCUUAAAGUGUCUAGUGCUAUUACGUUGGCCUCCCACUGUUUGAAUAUUGUUAUUUGUUACAAACACAGGAAAAGAUCCAGUACAUUUGUAGAAUUAUGCUCCCCUGUGUUUACAGUCCCAAAGACCACCCACCAUCUCAGCUGGUUCCUUAAUCUGUCCUGGACAGUAAAAUCAAUGUCAGACUAAACACACAAUCUGAAUCCUAUUUUUGUAAAUUUGUGAAAGUAAUUUAAGUAUAUUCUGAAUUUUAUUUGGUGUGUGUGUGUGUGUGUGUGUGUGUGUGUGUGUGUGUGUGUGUGUA